CAUGUCUCAAUAUCACACUAAUAAAGCAGCACUGGUCUCUCACGUGUCCGCCUUAUCGUAGCCUUUGCACAUUCGAGAAACACAGUAGCUUUACAAAAUAAAAAGAAAUUAUAUCAUUAACGGUGCUUAAAUAGUUUCAAGACGAACCUUGCGAUAGUUAAUCAUUUAUUCACAACUCGUUAGCUAUGUCGCGACUAAUACUCGGCGGAAUCGUAUGUUGUCUGCUGCUGCGGACUGCGCAUACGAUCCCUGCUUGCGCGCAGGACGAUGAGGAUUGUCGGGAGAGUCGCAUGCAUCCGGAUUUCUUCAGCGAUCGCGGCAGACUUACAGCUCAAAGUAGAAUUGCAGGUGAAGAUAACACAGAGUAUUGGUUGGACCAAGGUAAGCAGUUCGUGAAAGAGAAGCUACAUACUCCACCUAACCAAAAUAUCGCCAAAAAUGUGAUUAUGUUCCUGGGCGAUGGCAUGGGUAUUACCACACACUCUGCUGCACGAAAUCUACUAGGCGGUGAAGAAAAGUCGCUCUACUUUGAAACGUUCCCACAUACAGGUCUAUCACGCACCUACAAUGUGGAUAAAAUUGUACCUGACUCUGCGUCCACGGCCACCGCAUACCUGUGCGGCGUCAAAGCAAUCGGUGGCACCAUCGGCGUUAGUGGUCGUGUAGACCGUACAGACUGUCUCCAGUCACCGAAUGUUACAAACCAUGUUAACUCAAUUGCCAAGUGGGCGCUGGAUGCCGGCAAAUCGGCAGGUGUAGUGACUACCACCAGGAUAACACACGCCUCACCAGCUGGCGUAUAUGCGCAUGUUGCCGACCGCAACUGGGAGAAUGACAGGGAGGUAAAAGGUGAUUGUGGUGCUGACAGCAUAGUGCAGGACAUCGCAUAUCAGCUCAUGCAUGGCGAGGUGGGAAGCAAACUAUCCGUUAUAUUGGGUGGUGGCAGACGUGAGUUCGUAGACUCGAAUUUGUAUGCGAACGGUAUACGUAGCGAUGGACGUAAUUUGAUUGAGGAGUAUAAGCAGCAGAACAGUCGAAAUGCUUAUGUCGAGACGCUUGAUGAAUUGAAUAGCUUGAAUAUCACACAAGUGGAUCGCCUACUGGGACUUUUCCAGGACAGCCACAUGCUAUAUCAUUUGGAGACGACAGAGCAAAGCAAUCAACCCACAUUGGCGGAGCUGACCCGCAAAUCUAUAGAGUUUCUGAGUCGCAACGAUGAGGGUUACUUCAUAUUCAUUGAGGGUGGUCGCAUCGAUCAUGGUCAUCAUAACACUUAUGCUCGUCUGGCUUUGGAUGAGACGCUAGAGUUCGCCAAGGCCAUACAAAUAGCGCGCGAGUUGACCAACGAAACGGACACUUUGAUUGUGGUCACCGCUGAUCACUCGCACGCUAUGACUUAUUCGGGCUAUGCGGUACGAGGCAAUGACAUUUUUGGGCGCGCACCAUCAAAGGGUUCAGAUGGUCAGCCCUACAUGACCUUAAGUUAUGCAAACGGUCCGAGUUAUGAGAAAUUUUAUGAUGUCGAGAAACACGAACGCCGCGAUCCUACCACUUUGAAAAAGGGUGCACCACGUGAUGCGUUCCCCUCCACAAUUCCAUUAGAUUCGGAGACACAUGGUGGUGACGAUGUGGCUGUGUUCGCUUCGGGUCCUUGGGCUCAUUUGUUCACUGGUGUUUAUGAUCAAAACACUAUUCCCCAUAUGAUGGCUUAUGCUUCAUGUGUGGGUAAUGGUUUAAAGGCAUGUUCUACAGAGAGCUGAUUUAUUUUACGAAUUUUGUGAAAUAUACCUGAGUGUAUUUGUUUGUUAUUAUUUUUUAUAA